UGAAAAUACAGAGGAGAUGGAACAUGGGAAGAAGUGCAAAAUAGGAGUUGCACUGUUAGAAGACUCUUUGCAGAGGAUGUUGUUGACACCAUGCCUGAUGAGACAGCUGACUCAAAGGAAGUUCCUCUUGGAAAUGACAAACUUGCUGGAUUAAGCUAUGUAGAAUCUCAAGAACCGGGAGAUCUUUCUCAGGCAAAUGCACUUGAUUUUGUUGACAGGUUUCUGAAGGACAAUGUUGAGCAACUUGAUGAAGAGCUUGACUUUGGAAAGACCAUUGGAAGAAAACCAUUAUCAAUCUCGUGUGCAGAAGGGCCACGGAAUUUGGCCAAGAGUGCAAGUAGAAUAACUGUAAGAGCAGAGGUUUUUGACUGGGAUGAUGGACGCGAGGAUGAGGGUGGUGGAGAUAUUUUUUGCAGGAGGAGGGAAGAUUUCUUUGAUGGUGGGAGCAGUAAGGGCAGAUCCCUGACCUUGCCCAGCAAGCACAGAAACAGAUUUCAAGACGGUCAAGCAGAUAGGGACGAACCAUCGAGUGCCCCCUGCAAAACAACUGGCGUACUUCAUUCUGAUUCAAAUGCAAUUCGGAGAAUGGGUGGAAAAAGUCAGAUGUUGGCCAAAGCGGCUCAAAUGAAUCACAAAAGGGAUCUUGCAAAUCAGUUGGAUGAACAGUCUAAGAUAGAUUCUUCAAGAGACAGCUUGGGGGCAAUUGCUGUUGAUGCUUGUGUGCCAGACAUGCUCAAUGUCGGCUUUGACACUCAACUGGCUGCAGAGGCUAUGGAAGAAUUAUGCCAGGGGGAGGCCCUUCCUAGGGAGGAUAAUUGUGAUAUCAGCAUUUCUACAAGAAAGUUGAGAAGCACAAAGAGAGAUGAUAAUGAACAAAGUAAAAAGCCAUCUAUCUCCCUGCAGAAGCGUUCCAAGGAUAAGAAGAGGUGCCGCAGUUCUGGACAAAAAACUCACAACUUGGAUAUGACUGACGCUACUGCCAAUAUGAGUGAAAAGUCGAAUAAGUUGCCUUCCGAGAACUUACAGUAUAGAAACAGGGAAUCUCUUGGAAGAUGCCAAGCUGGUGAGUUUGGUAAACGAAUUGCCACCAGAACAUCGAAUGGAGUUACUUUUGCCAGCAAGCAGCAAUUACUAGGCAAAGGUGGUUUCUUUACAUCCAUUGCUAGGAGAACCAGAUCUUCCUUGGCACUUAAUCAAGUGCAAAGGACAGAAUGUUUAUCAAGCAACCACACUAAAGCAACAGAUGGUGCAGAGAAUGUUGAGGUACGUAAAAGGAAAAGAAGCACCCAAGAAGGAAGAAGCAGCAAAAAAAGUGAUGAUGACUCAAUGGUCAAGGCUAGAGGAAAUUCACCGGAGCAACUCUUUGCAGUAGAAAGGAAGAGGUCUGUUAGACGGAUGAAAUCUGAUGCUACAAGAAAGAGUGAUCUGGAAGUACAGUUGCCAGCUCAAAAUUUUGAAGCUGGACUAGAGAAUGCCACUAGUGAGACCACUUCUUUCAAGUUGAAUAGGGAACCGUUAGCUAAAGGUUUAAACAUGACUGACACAAUUGGACAGUCUGAGAGAAAUGGGGAUGUGGGCGCCACAUCAUCCACUGAGAAUUCAGAAGCAAAUGCCAUUUUAGAUCAUACUUCAGGAGAAAAAUGUAAUGGAAAUUCAGCUCAUACUACCCCUAUUAACUGUUCAACGGCCUUCAAUGAUGCUUCGCCGGUUUGUGUGGGGAAUGGUUAUAUGUCUCCAUCGUGCAAGAAGAACCUUUCAAGAUCAUACCUCAGGAACGAAAUUAAGAGCUUAAGUGCAACAGGACCACAACCUUCUUCAGCAUAUAAGGAUAUGCGGAAGAGGAGAGACAUGAGUGACAUUUGUGUCUUGUACAGCCACCACUUGGAUGAUGAUAUUAUCAAGCAGCAGAAAAAGAUCUUGGCUCGUCUAGGAGCUUCUGCAGUGUCUUCUAUUGCUGAAGCCACACAUUUCAUAACAGAUAAAUUCGUGCGUACAAGAAAUAUGUUAGAAGCAAUUGCUUCUGGAAAGCCGGUAGUUACCCAUUUAUGGCUUGAGAGUUGUGGACAAGCAAACUGCUUUCUCGAUGAGAGAAAUUACAUACUAAGAGAUGCUAAGAAGGAGAAGCAAUUCGGCUUCAGUAUGCCCGUUUCAUUGGCACGCGCAUGCCAGCAUCCACUUUUACUGGGUCGAAGAGUUUUGAUCACCUCAAAUGCAAAGCCUGGUAAAGACAUAAUAUCAAGUCUAGUCAAAGCAGUUGGUGGCCAACCAGUAGAGAGAAUUGGAAGAUCUGCUUUGAGAGAUGAUAAAUUAACAGAUGAUUUGUUGAUUUUAUCCUGUGAGGACGACUAUGACACGUGCCUUCCUUUCCUUGAGAAAGGAGUAACCGUAUAUAGUUCAGAGCUUCUGCUGAACGGGAUAGUUACUCAAAAGCUGGAAUAUGAAAGGCACUGUCUCUUUGCAGAUCAUGUUAAAAGAACUCGCUCGACGAUUUGGCUGAAAAAAGAUGGUAACAAUUUUGUUCCUGUGACCAAACUUAAAUAGAAGGGGUAAGCCUCUUCUGUCCUAACGCCUGCAUGUGUUGGCUUGGCUUGAUACCGUAGCUAUGCAGUGUUUUGUAUAUAGUAUGCUGUACCGAGUUCACAUGUUGUUCAAAGGAAAUUAUUUAUUUGUCUAGAGCACUUUAUUAUGCAAGGGGGGUUUAGGACUACCAUUCAAUUGAUUCUUUCUUGUUUUGCAAUGAAAUGGAUUCUAAAGCUGCUAUUAAAAUGAAGUGAAAUGAAGAAGAAUGAUCCAUUUUUACUGGAAUUAGAAUGUUAUAUUUUCUGCA